AUGGCGGGUUUCAUGAUGGCGCUGCUGAUCGCCAUCUUCGCCGGCAUCUUCGUCUCCUUCUUCAACAGGUGCUGCGCGAAUCUAGUCGCCCGUCCUUGCAGUAGGUUUGCCGGCGUCCCCCGCGCCAGAGCGAUAGUGCGGCUGCCGGCCGUGGCCGGCGCCGGGCCCCUUGGAGGCUGGGGGGCCCGCCUGGCGGACGCGGCCAUCGCAGCGCUGCCGCUGACGAGGCUGGCCCAGGCGGCGGAGUGCGCCGUGUGCCUCGGGGAGCUCGCCGCGGGGGAGCUCGCGCGGCUGCUGCCGCCGUGCGGGCACAGGUUCCACGUGGAGUGCGUGGACACGUGGCUCCGCUGGCGCGCCAACUGCCCGCUCUGCCGCCGGACGGUCCGGGACGCGGCGCAGCCGGCUGCUCAGGCUGAGGGGCCGGUCGUGCUGCCACCUGCGCUGCCGCAGGCCGACGGCAGGGCGCCCCUCGCACAGGCUCACGACGGCGGCGAAGGAAGCUACAGCCUGCAGGUUCUUGACUGA